UUUUAGACCCUGGGAUUAGGAUAAUCCUAAUAGGAUUUAGGUCACGUAGUUUUUUAGGAGGAAAAAAAAAGUAUAUAUAAGUAGUUAGUUUUGGUUUCAAAACCACUUCAUUUCUUUACGUUUUUUUUUCCUUCCAUCGAUCACUAAAAACCAGCAAAAAUGACCACCUCAAAGCGCCUAGCUGAAAAGAAAGUUGCAAAGUUUCAGAAGAACAUCACGAAGAGGGGAUCAGUUCCUGAAACCACAGCAAAGAAAGGAUAUGACUACCCAGUUGGGCCUAUCCUACUAGGAUUUUUUGUGUUUGUGGUUAUCGGAUCAUCCUUGUUUCAGAUAAUUAGAACAGCUACAAGCGGUGGAAUGGCUUGAGGAAAAGGAGUUGUAUGUAUUCUAAAGGUCAUGUAACUUAUGUGUUUUUACGUAUGAAAUGGCAUCUUAAAUAGUGAAGUUGAGACAAGAUUUUAUUUUAUUUUUUUUCAAUAAUGAAUAAACUAAAUCUCCUGCCUCUA